CCCGCGCAAGUCGGGGGGGAGGGCGACCGCGCUUGCAAGUCGCCGAGUAGCCGGAGGGGUGUCGGCGGCACCGCGGAGAGGCCGGCCCCGGCCGGGAGGAGGGUCUGCCCGGCAGCGCUCACCUUGGGGUCCCGCCCCGGAAGAUGGCCUACUAUGGAAAGUGCAUUGAAACGGUGAUGAAGCACCUGGACCGAUUUCAGCCUAAGAAGGACAGUCCCGAGCAGUUCCUGGAGGCCGUGGCUGACUCCCUGCAGACACUGAGCCCCCAGAAGCAGGCGUUCAUCAUGGAGAUCCUGUCAGGGUGUCUGGAGUACCGCAAGCUGCUGACCAUCGUGGUGGAUGCCUUCUAUGUGCGGGAAGGCCGGCUCUGCCCGCGGGCUGACUACAGCCUCUUUGAGGUGAUCUGCUACUUGGCCACGUUCCAGCUGGAGGAGCUCGGCUUUCAGCUCUUCUGUGACGUCCUGCGGUCCCAGCCGGUCCACAAGGUGUGCAAGUUCCUCGGGUUCCUCUUCAACCCCUUGAACCUCGGCUCAUGGAUCAAGGACGAGUGGAGCCUUGUCUACGAGACGUCCCACGUAAAGGAGAACUGGAUCGACCCCCUGAUGAGGUGGCAGCCGGAAGUCCAGGAGCUGAUCGACCAGCUGCAGGGGGAGCUGACCAGCCAGCCCUCUCCUCCAAAGAGCAAGGCCAAGGUCACAGAGCCCAAGGAGUUCAGCCUGACCACCCCCAGGCCCCGCGCCAUCCCCGUGCCUGAGAUGGUCCCCAAGGUGGCCAAGACCAGACCGGUCCCCAGGAGCACCUACCAGCCGCCCAAGGAGCAGCGGCUGCUGGAGAUGACCAAGAGAUACAACCGCUGGAAGGCCGAGGAGCUGCUGCUGCGUGCUAACAUCGAGGAGCUGCGGUGCGCGGUGCCCAGGAGCCGCGGGGAGCCCCAGCUGCAGGGCUCCAAGAAGAAGCCGCGGCUCCGGCUCCCACCUCGUAUCCUCAAGACCCAGAAACUGACCUUCUAUACGCCUAACGACAGUGCCCCGGUCAAGCUCAACACGGCCGCCAUCCUGCGCGAAGGGGCCUUGUACCAGCGGCAGGUGGAGAAGGAGCUGCAGAGGGUGGACCGGCUCGUGGACGGGGCCGGGGACUUCUCCGAGUUCCUCGAGUGGCAGAGGCGGAUGCAGGCGAAGGACCGGGAGGAGCAGCUGGCCGCGGGCGAGGUCCGCCGGCUGCGGGGGAAGCUGAGCCACGAGGCGGCGGCGCUGGCGCGGCAGCAGGUGGCACGGGAGAAGAGGAGGACGGCAGAGCUGAAGAAGGAGGAGACAGCCGAGCUGAUGCAGCGGUGCGCAGAGAGGCGCCUCCAGGAGGAAAUGUCCAUGAAGGAGCUGGUGGAGCAGGUGAUAGAGACACAGAAGAACGUCAAGGUGGCGCAGACGGAGCUCCGGAAAGGCCGCCGGCGGAUAGCUCAGGAGGUGACGGAGCAGAACCGGGAGCUGCUGCAGCGCAGCGCAGAGGCGGCCAAGGAGGAGCAGAAGCGGCGCUGCGACCUCGUCUCCCAGCUGCGAGCCCUGGAGUCUCAGCCCACGCGCAGGGGCAAGCUGGUGGACCUGACCCAGAUCCCUGGCCACGGCCUGGAGGGGGAGAUGUCGGUUGUGGAGUUGCGUGAGCGGCUGGCCCUGCUCAAGGAGACCCGGCGUCGCCAGGAGGAGGAGCGACGAGACCAGAUCAUCCAGGGCAAGCGCGCCAAGAGCCAGGAGCUGCGGGACACGCUGGAGCAGGUGGCGCUGUGCCGUGCUGCCAUGGGGAGGUCUGCAGCCCUGAGGUGGGAGGAGAAGAAGGCGCGCUGGGCGGCCGCCGGAGCGCCCUCCCAGGACGAGCGUGUGCUCGAGCUGCAGCGCCGGAUCCAGGAGAAGGCGGCCGAGCGGCGCGCGCGGGCGGCCUCGGGGCACGUGCCGGCGCCUCGGGCAGUGCGCCCCAAGCAGCGGGCGCAGCUGGAGGCGCAGCGCAGGCUGGAGCUGGAGCGGAGCCGCGAGCGCUGGCUGCGGGCGCAGCAGCCCGGAUGCGGGCCCGCGCGCCGCCUGGGGGCCGCCUGA